AUGUUUAGGCACCAGCCCCAGGGUUGGAAGAGCUUCCUGCCCACUGCAGCUCUGCUCUCCAAGAGAAGCAUCAGCAGUGCAGCCAAUAGUAGGCUCAAACUGGCCAACAAAGUUGCAGUGGUCACAGGAUCCACAAAUGGGAUUGGCUUCAAUAUUGCCAGGCGUCUGGCCCAGGAUGGGGCCCAUGUGGUCAUCAGCAGCCGGAAGCAGCAAAAUGUGGACCAGGCUGUGAACACACUACAAGGGGAGGGACUGAGCGUGACGGGCACUAUGUGUCAUGUGGGGAAGGCGGAAGACCGGGAGCGACUGGUAUCCACGGCCCUGGAACAUUGUGGGGGUGUGGACUUCCUGGUGUGCACAGCAGGGGUCAAUCCCUUUGUGGGAAGUACCUUGGGAAGCAGUGAACAGGUCUGGGACAAGAUCCUGAGUGUGAAUGUGAAGGCCCCAGCCCUGCUGCUGAGCCAGCUGCUGCCCCACAUGGAGAACAGGGGACAAGGUUCUGUGGUCCUGGUCUCCUCAGCUGCAGCUUAUGUUCCAUAUGCUAGACUGGGGGCCUACAAUGUCAGUAAAACAGCCCUGCUGGGCCUCACCAAGACUCUGGCAGUGGAGCUUGCACCAAAGAACAUUCGGGUGAACUGCCUAGUACCAGGAUUCAUCAAAACAGACUUCAGUCAGGUGGUGAGUACUGAGUCCCCACUGGGGGACACUAGGCUUCAGUCCCACCUUCUCUCUCCAUGCAGAGUGGGGAAGCCUGAGGAUUGUGCAGGACUUGUGUCCUUCCUGUGUUCCCCAGAUGCCAGCUACAUCACCGGUGAGAACAUCGUGGUGGCCGGUUGUUCCCCCCACCUAUGA